AUGAAAAUUGAAAACCAGAGGAGUCCCAGACAGGAUCCGAAACCUAAUCUCGAGCAAUUGGGAACCAGUAGACAAAAAUACACAUAGCAACCAGCGAUCGAGGGGCCAUCGGAGACGGAGAUGGAGCACAAUUUUAACUACGAAGAGCACGAACACGAAGUCUAUGGAGGCGAUAUUCCCGACGACGGAGAGAUGGAUGCCGACCUCGACAUGUCCUCUGGUAGGGCCGACGAAGAGGGUUACGAGGCCGAGCCCAGUAACGCCAACUCCAAGGACUUGGAGGACAUGAAAAGGAGGCUCAAGGAGAUCGAGGAGGAAGCCGGUGCCCUUCGGGAAAUGCAGGCCAAGGUUGAGAAGGAGAUGGGUGCUGUUCAAGAAGAUUCAUCCAGUACCUCUGCAACUCAGGCUGAAAAGGAGGAAGUAGAUUCCCGAUCUGUAUAUGUUGGUAAUGUUGAUUAUGCAUGCACUCCUGAGGAGGUUCAACAACAUUUUCAAUCAUGUGGAACAGUGAAUAGAGUGACAAUUUUGACAGACAAGUUCGGUCACCCUAAGGGAUUUGCUUAUGUUGAGUUUGUGGAGGUUGAUGCCGUACAGAAUGCUUUGCUGUUGAAUGAAUCAGAGUUGCACGGUCGCCAACUAAAGGUCUCUGCCAAAAGGACAAAUGUCCCUGGAAUGAAGCAAUACCGAGGAAGGCGGCCCAGCUCUUUUGGCUUUCGAGGUGGUCGUCGGCCCUUCAUGCCUGCUGCACCCUUUUAUCCUUCAUAUGGUUAUGGAAGGGUUCCAAGGUUCAGGCGGCCAAUGCGGUACAGACCGUACUAGGAGAUAUAAUGCUCGUACUACGACUGCAAAACUAUUGUUCGGGAUCUAUGGUUCCUUCGUCAAGUGUUCGAUUACCCUCUCUCUAACUUGGAGGGUGUGGAAGACAUUGUACUCUAUUCAUGCUUAGAAAUACCACUUGAGUUUCUAUGAACUUGGUAGCAGUUUCUAGCUUGAGGGUUAAAGAUUUGUGGUUUGCAUUUAGUUGGCUCUGGAAGGGCUGAAAAAAAUUAUGUUGUCAAUCUUUAGGGAAUUUAAAAGAAGGAAAAUUAAGGAUGCUAAGGACAUAUCCUUCCUUGUGUAUGGUGGUGAAUUGGUAAUGUAGAAUUUCUUUGUUUUUUAA